AUGCUGAUGCUCAGUUCACUUGCAACUUUUCUGCUUUCAGCGGUGUUGUCGGAGUGCACACCGGUAGACACUGGAACGGCCAUCCAGCAUGGCAAUCACCUUCCUCUGCUGAAUCUUCCGUACGGAACAUGGCGAGCACACCACUAUGAUGACAAUGCAGAUGUCUAUACAUUCCGCAACAUCCGCUAUGCUGCUCCCCCGGUGGGCGACCUGCGAUGGUCCAAGCCAGCACCUCCUGAAUUUACUCCUGGCGUACAAAACGGCUCCUACGGCCAUAGCUGCAUUUCUGCCCCCAUUCCUGGGAUCUUUGAAAGCCCGGGCUCUGAGAAUAAUACCAAGAAUGCCGCCGAAGACUGUCUCUUCCUCGAUGUCUACGUACCGGGAAAGGCUCUUAAGGAACAAAAUAGUUCAACGCCCGUCAUAGUCUGGAUUCAUGGUGGCGGAUAUGUUUCCGGCUCCAAAGACAUUGCUAUCGAUAUGGGAUACUACGACGGCACAAGCCUUGUUUCACGCGCCGAAAACAACCUAAUUGUUGUUUCCAUCAACUACCGUCUCGGAGGGCUUGGCUUCCUCGCCGGAGAGCCUAUAGUUACUCAAGGAGAUUUCAACGUCGGUCUUCACGACCAGCGAGCCGCGCUUGAAUGGGUCCAGUCGUAUAUCCAUUUACUCGGUGGCGACCGCCAUAAUGUCUCCGCCUGGGGCCAGUCCGCCGGCGGGGGCUCCAUUAUGCACCACCUUAUUGCAGAGGGGGGAACGUUGGAUCCUCUCUUCAGAAAGGCACUGCUGCAGAGUCCUGCGUUUCCGGUGAAUGCGGACCCGUCGAUCUAUCAGAAGAGAUUUGAGACUUUUGCUGCGGCUGCGGGAUGUCCGGCGAAGGGGGAGAAUUCGCUCCGCUGCCUUCGCGCGGCUAAUAGUUCUGCUUUGGCGAAGGCGAAUGAGAAGGUAUUCGCGGGAGAAGCUUCUCCUAUUCCUGAUGGGAAGUAUAUCCGGAGUCCUGCUUUGGUGGAGUAUGCGAGAGGCAAUACUUGGAAAGACAUGGACUCUAUAAUCAACAGCCAUACCCUCGACGAAGCGAGUCUAUUCAUCCCUGACCCAAUCCCAGAUGAUUUCAUGCAGUCAUUCAUAUCCGGCAAUCUUCCGCCAAACUCUACCGCUGGAACAAAACGCAUGGUGGAUUACUACGAAGAGCACUACCCAAACUCGAGUAUGAAAGAGAAGGCUACAGUCAUGUUCUUUGAUCUCUUAUUCGGCUGCAACAUGCGCGCCGCUCUCGAGGCAUACCCUACCACCUCCUGGGCCAUGCAAUACAGUCCCAUCUAUGGUGAUGUUAAUGCGACUCAUGGAGCUGAUGCACUUGCUACUUGGUAUAAUCCGGAGUUGCAGGGGUACACAGAACCGCUUUUUGAGAAGUUCCAGAGGUAUAUCACCAACUAUGCUAGGACGGGUGAUCCGGAUGUACCUCGGAGUGGGGAGUAUCACCUUAAACGCUGGCCAAGGGUUAGUGCGCUGGAUGACGAGGUGCCCGGGGACGUGCUUAACGUGACAAAUGGAGGAUUCGACAUUAUUCAGGAUAGACAAAUGUCGAGGGACGUGUGUGAGAUUUGGAAGGAGGUGCUUCUGGAUGCGGUACAGUAGGAUAUUAUGUUUGAUAUAGCGCAAUGGAAAGAGGUUCUUGAGGAAGGAGCGGAUGCCGAGGACGCUUUGUUCUUUGAAACAAUAUUCGCUACAACGAGCUAGCACGUCACUAUUGAGAUAUUCAUCCCAGGAUCAUUCCCUUUCAAUCAUCCAUAAAAAGCUUGAAUCAAAG